UGCUCCCUUCUCGUUUUUCUAUGCUCGUCUUAGCAAUGCCUUGGGAAUAUAGCGAGAGCUGUUGGAUACGCAAUGCAAGCUAGAGAGGGGACGGUAAUUCUUGUUUUGUUUCAUCUAUACUCCAAUUACCUGGGACCAACUACCUCCUAAAUGCACGUGAUCUUCUUUUAUUAAAGAUAUAAGUUGGCCAGGCCUUGGUCCACAACAACACAAAAGAGAGAGAAGCAACGUGAUUGUGCAAGUACAUGCAUUUCAGUUUAUGGUUGUGGAAUCUCAUCUCAUGAAGAUCAAACUUCACAUGGCACCGCUCCUACCCAAAAAUUAUGGCUCGAAUGGCGUGUAUUUACGCCAGGGUACCCCAGACCCGUACACCACGUACCAGUCACAUGGGUUGCCUCUUCCUCUCCCAUGUUCCUUGCUUCUGCCAUUAUAGAACCUCGGUUACUCAUUUCACAUUUUUCACUAGUCAGUCCUACUAAUGUGACUAUCUGAAAAACAAAAAUACGUUCCAUGAUUCCAUGAACAACUUAAUACUCUUAAGAAAAAGGCAGCUCUGAACCAAUCAAUACCAAAGACAAGGAAAAGCAACGUGUCAAUCUUCUUUGCUUUCUUUCUUCCCCUCCCUCUCCUUUUGAUAUUCAGCUUUGAUUCCUUAAUUCCCUCCAUAACUCCUUACUUUUGCAUCAAUUGCCUUCUUUUCUGAUUUUGGUUUAGUUGAGUCACUUUACUGUGUUAAUUUUUAUAAUUAAUCCUUCCAAAUCCCGCAAUCAACAUUGUCGGUAUGACACUCUUGCUCUGUCGUGUCUCUGGCUUAUUAUUUUGUUUUAUUUAGUUUGACUAAUUUACCCCUACCGGAACACUUCAUUUGAUGCAAUAACCCAUGAUCUUUAUGUCAAAUCGUAGCUAAAAAAACAAAGGGGCCGUAGAAAGAGAAAGAGUUAAAAUAAUGUGGCAAAAAUAUUAGGACCGUUGGAAUCAUCCAACCAACUGCUUCUCUUCUGGACGGUUUACUGUUUUUUCACAUAAAUGCCUUUUAUCAGAUUUCAGAAUCUAUUCUUGAAACUACAAAAACCCAUUUCUCAAAACCCCUCAGCUUACUCUACUUAACACUGAAGACAUAACUUUUUCUUUCUCCUUCAAUUUCUGAUCAGAGAUUGAAAAAAAUGAGGCACUGGGGAUUGGGUUUGUUCUUGAUCUUAGUAUUAGUUCAGCAGCAGAAUAAAGAUGUUAAUAACAGAGUUGAAGCAGCAACAACAGAGGAUUUUAUAAGAAUUAAAGGAACACAAUUUAUGUUAAAUGGAAGUCCUUAUUAUGCAAAUGGGUUUAAUGCUUAUUGGUUGAUGUUAAUAGCUUCAGACCCAUCUCAAAGAAGUAAAGUAUCAUCUGUAUUUCAACAAGCUUCUAAACAUGGUCUAUCUGUUGCUAGAACUUGGGCAUUUAGUGAUGCUGGUUAUAGACCUUUACAAUCCUCUCCUGGUUCUUACAAUGAAGACAUGUUCAAGGGGUUGGAUUUUGUUAUAGCUGAGGCUAAAAAGUAUCAAAUUAAGCUUAUAUUGAGUUUGGUCAAUAACUAUGAAAACUUUGGAGGGAGGAAGCAAUAUGUAGAAUGGGCAAGAAAUCAAGGACAAUAUUUAUCAUCUGAAGAUGAUUUCUAUACAGACCCUGUUGUUAAAGGGUUUUAUAAGAAUCAUGUCAAGACUGUUCUCACAAGACACAAUAGUAUUACUGGAGUUGCUUAUAUGGAUGACCCGACAAUCAUGUCAUGGGAGUUGAUCAAUGAACCAAGAUGCUUAUCAGACCUAUCGGGAAAAACUAUACAGGCGUGGAUUACAGAAAUGGCUUCUCAUGUGAAGUCCAUUGACAGAAAACACUUGCUGGAAGCUGGUUUAGAGGGAUUUUAUGGAGAUACAUCACCUGAUAAGAAGCAGUAUAAUCCUGGUGGUUAUCAAGUAGGAACUGAUUUCAUUGCUAAUAAUCAAAUUCCGGGGAUUGAUUUUGCCACGGUUCAUUCAUAUCCCGAUCAAUGGUUAUCGAGCUCUAACGAUCAAGGCCAACUGUCUUUCUUAAACAACUGGCUCAACACUCAUAUCCACGACACCCAAAAUGUUCUGCGGAAGCCAUUACUUCUGACAGAGUUUGGAAAAUCAUGGAAAAGCCCUGGUUACAACGCUUACCAGAGGGAUUUCAUGUUCAAUACAGUGUUUUAUAAGAUCUACUCAUCAGCCAGAAGUGGAGGUGCAACAGCUGGUGGCCUGUUUUGGCAACUUCUUCCAGAAGGAAUGGACUCUUUUCAUGAUGGGUAUGAAAUAAUCUUUAGCGAGAAUCCAUCCAUUGCUAGAAUCAUAGACCAACAAUCUCGAAAACUGGUUCACAUUCGAAGAAUGUAUGCCAAGUUGAGAAAUAUUGAGAAAUGGAAGAGGGCAAGAUCGGUUAGAAGGAACCAAUGGUUUGGCAAAAACAAGAAGUCAGGAAAUACAGGAAACUGAGAAAAUCAAAAUCAACAUCCUUAAGACAGAAAUAUGACGAAGUUUAUAGAAAUAAACAACUUUAUAACUAACUAUGAAGAUGGUUUUAAUUUAGUCUUCGAUUUAAGGCAUUAGAGAGGUUUGAGAGAGACUCUCUUAGUGAUGAAAAUGUGUUCAUCCAGGAGAGUCGAGCUAUAUUAAGGGGCAAAUGGGAUUCUUUUCAGUUCUUGUAUACUAGUAUUGGAGGGAAGAAAGAAUUCUACCUAUUUAUCAUGUUUUCAACUUGUGGAUGGAUGUUUCUACUUUUUUUUACUGCUUGCUAAGAAACGCCUCGUUUUCACUUC